GCCAGUUGAAAAGAGUAGGCGGAGGUGGUGACGCCUGGUAGAGAGGUUCCUUCGCUUCGUCCCUCUUCUCACGCCUUUCCCGAGAUGAGCCAAUGGAAACUAGGGUUGGCGUUUGUGUCAUUCUUCCUAACAACUAUGGGCAGAUUCUGUACUGUACCAGGUUCUCCUUUGCCCCUCUCUGCUGGUGGCUUUAUAGAAUAGAGGGAACCCUUAUUUGUGCGUGUCUCUGACCGUGGGUGGCCCGCGCAAUUGGAACUUUUUCUCAACAUGCAGCCCUCGACCCCAGCUGCAUUCACAGCCCUUACCCUCUCUGCCUACUUUUUUGCCGCCGACCCCAUAGCUGUUCAGGGGCAAGAGUCCCCUGUGCUCGUGGGGGCCGACUGUGAAGUAUGUAAAGAAUUUCUGGAAAGAUUCUACAGCUCCUUAAUAGCCAAAGGUGUUGACUUUUCCCAGGAAAUCAUAGAAAAUGAAUUAAUUAGCAGUUGUUUAGAUUCCAAAGGAAAAGAAAAUCGUCUGUGCUAUUAUCUCGGAGCAACAAAUGAUGCAGCCACAAAGAUCCUAAGUGAAGUCACUCGCCCUAUGAGUGCCCAUGUACCAGCAUUAAAGAUUUGUGAGAAGUUGAAGAGGAUAGACAGUCAGAUCUGCGAGCUUAAAUAUGAGAAGAAGUUGGACUUGGAAUCAGUGGAUCUGUCAAAGAUGAGAGUAAUUGAGUUGAAAAAGAUUCUCAACAGUUGGGGAGAAGAGUGCAAAGCAUGCAUAGAAAAAACAGACCUAAUAGAUCUCAUUAAAAAGUUGGCACCCAAGUACACAUCUGCAAGUCCAAGAUCAGAUCUUUGAAUGAAAUUUGAACAAAGUGACUACAUUAGCAAAUCAUCAAAAUGAUGACGAUUCUGGCCUUAAAAAAUGUGAAUUAUGAGCUACUGUUAUAACCAGCUUGUGGCACAGAUAUCAUACUUGUUUGUCCUGGUUUCAGAAUACACUACUGGUAAUGCUACCAAUGCCAAUUGCCUUAUAUUAACAGUGUAUACAAUUGUCACAUUCCUUGCAAAGAUAUAAAAAUAUUUUGAAUUACUUUUCCCUCAUACAGCUUAUUCCUAAGGUAUGUGGAAAGCAUCACCUUUUCCCUCUCAGGGGAAAAUUGAGGCAUUCAAAAGUCAUUAUAGGGUUUAUCAGUAGUGAUGGACGAAGUCUUGUUCUCAUCCUUACAUUAAUGAUUAGUCAAAAGUACUGGAUUUAAGAAAAAUAGACAAUUUUUCUUUUUAAAAAUUCACUUUAUUUGAUAAUCCCUUUGAAGACAGUUUCAGAACCCUAGUCAGAGUUUUACAAAUAAUGACUUUUCUUAUACUUAAAAUCCCAAUAUAACUAUAUGCUUUUGAUAUGUUUGAUCUCUAAAGUAGCAGAUCUGGAAGAGCUGCUACAAAAUUAUUUUCCUCAGCUAAUUUCGUGACAUUUCUUAAUCUGUUGGCUAAAUUAAAGAGACCUUGAAUAACUAAGUAAAAAUAAACAUGUGGAAAUGUAUAACAAGACUGGGAAAAAUCUAUCAGUAUUUGUCUUAUUCACAGAACCAUAUCAUUUAGGUUUUUGCUCUUCAUGGUCACUACUUAGAUAUAUAUUUUUUAAAAUAUGGAGCAUAUGUAUUGUAGCAAUUCAUUGAUUUAAAAAUAUAAAUUAUGUUCAUUUUAAAUCCUGUGUACAUUAUAUUUUUCAAGAAAUAGUUUCCAUUCAGAGUAGCAGCCUACUAGUAUAUUGAAAUACUAGGUUUUGUUUUUGUUUUUCUUUUUUAAAUCUACUUAGCAAAAUGAUGUACUGCAUGUUUGCCAUUCUUCUUUGGCAAUGUGGCUCAGUGUCUUGAGUUUUAAUUCAGCACAUCACCAUUCUACAGUAAUAAAUUAUAUUAUGAUAAACAUCCUUUCAAAUUUUAAAAAAUUAAUCUGUCCCUCAAAUUACUUUCUUCCUACUCCACAGUGAGCAAAUUAAAAAAACAACAACAUUAAAACCUCCAAUUCAUAAGAUGCCUAAGAGAAAUGCCUGCAUUGGCCAUAUUUAGACAUACUUUUGACACAAGGUUACAAUAUCUAUUGGUAGUAUGAAGAUAUGAGUUUCUAAUGCCAUUUUAUGAAUUUUAAUGUAUGAAAUCUUACUGUAUUUAAAUAUCAACAUAAAGAUAAAAAAACUACUGUAUACUCGACAGAAUUGAAGUUAUUACUUGAUUCACCACAAUAGUUUCAAAAGUUUUAAUGGGAUUCAAGAAUUAUUAAAAAAAAAACAAACAAACUCAUUUAA